AUGCUCCGAUUAUCCCUUUCUCCACAAAAUCUUCAAAAUAUCGCGAUUCGAAAUGCUUCGACAAAUAAACACGUAUUCGCAUGUGUUUUGGGAAGUGGAGUUGCUGGAAGUUCGGUGGCAUAUCAUUUGACGAAAAGGAAUAUUAAGGAUGUUUUGUUGUUGGAAAGAGCAUCAGGUAUGGUGAUUUUGAGAGGGAAAAUUGUGAAAAUAAUCAAUGUUCAUGGAAAAGUUGGCGGAAAUUCGAAAGCUUUUCCAUGAAAAUUGAUUAUUUUCUUUGAAAAUUGAGCGUAAAAUUUCUCAGAAAAAUCAAUGAACAAAUUUUGAAACAGUGAAUUGAAUUAUUAACGAAAUGUGGACAUCAAAAGGAUUGAAAACUAAUUUCUAAAAAUUAACAAUAAGAAAUUUAUGAAGUGAAUGAAUUUUUAAAGAAAUUUUUAACCUUGAAAAAAUUAAGAUUUUCAUUCAAUAUCUGGAAAUUUGUUCUGAAAAUCACUAGAAUUUUCCUGAUUUUUUUCAAGUAUAAAGAACAUCAGAACGUAUGAUAAUUUUUCAAAAAUCAAAUGGCAAUUUUUUGAAACGUAAAAAAUCUGGAAAAAAUAACAUUGCAAAAAUUUCGAUAAUUUCGUUCUCCAAAUUGUUGAAACCUUAAAAAAUUUAAGAUUUUCAUUCAAUAUCUGGAAAUUUGUUCUGAAAAUCAAUAGAAUUUUCAUGGUUUUUUUCGAGUAUGGAGAACAACAAAAACGUAUGAUAAUUUUUCAAAAAUCAAAUGGCAAUUUUUUGAAACGUAAAAAAUCUGGAAAAAAUAACAUUGCAAAAAUUUCGAUAAUUUCGUUCUCCAAAUUGUUGAAACCUUAAAAAAUUUAAGAUUUUCAUUCAAUAUCUGGAAAUUUGUUCUGAAAAUCAAUAGAAUUUUCAUGGUUAUUUUCGAGUAUGGAGAACAACAAAAACGUAUGAUAAUUUUUCAAAAAUCAAAUGACAAUGUUUUGAAACGUAAAAAAUCUGGAAAAAAAUUACAUUGCAAAAAUUGUGAUAGUUUUGUUUUCCAAAUUGUUGAAACCGUAUUUUGAAAAUCUCGUAUUUUUUCAGGUCCAAAUGGUAAGGUAACUUGAAACUUGUUGCACUGCUUAACGUGUUAUUUUUCAGUUUUGCUAAAUAAUUAAAAUUCAGUUUAUGUCAGGCAUGUUCAUUUUGCUUUGCCGGCAAAAAGCAAAGCAGCUUUGCUGGGCGUGGCUUUGCUUUUUGCUGGCAAAAAGCAAGUAAGGAAAAGCAAAAAAAAGCAGCCGCGGCUGCCUGCCGGGCUGCUUUUUCAAAAUACAGAAGGCAACAAGCGAAGCUCCGCCCCUCCACACACAAAACAUGGCAACACACAAAACCAGCGAACCGUCCGCGUAUGCAUUUAUUCAAGUAGUCUCGCGCGCGCGUUAGAGAAGCAAAAAUAGGUUGUUUUGUCAAUGCAUUCUCACUGCUUUCAAAUGAUUUUGGAAGGAGUGAAAAAAGCAUUGCCGGCAAUUCGGCAGGAUGCUUUGCUGUUGCUUUUUCACAGUCUUACCGUGUAAAAGCAAAAGCGGCUUUGCUUUUUCGGGGGACGGCAAAAAGCAGGCAAUGCCGGCAAAAUGAACAUGCCUGGUUUAUGUUGUGCUUUUUUAGUUGCUCACACACCUAAUCACUAAUUUUUAACCCUAGAAUAGUCAAAAUUUCACCCUAAUUAAAUUUAAGGUCAUUUUUAAUUGUUUUCAGUUGCUCACUUUAGAAUUCCUGAUUUAUGCUAACUUCUGACCCUAAAUCACUAAUUUAACCCCAAAAUCCGCCGCCUGAAUUUAAUUUCAUGUCAUAUUUUCAGGUGUCGCUUCACCAACCGGAACCUCUUUCCAUUCACCUGGUUUAGUUGCCGCAAGUCAUCCAGCACAUAGAUAUAAACCGAUUUUGGCCCAUUCUAUUGAAUUGUAUUCGAAAUUGGAAGAAGAAACUGGAGUGGUGAGGAAUUUGGGCUGAAAAUUGAGAAAAAUUGAAGUCUGAAAAUUUUGAGAUAAAAUAAUCGAAAAUCAUCAUUAUUUUUAAGCUAAAAAUUUUUAUAAUCUGAAAAUUUUUUUAGAAAAGCGGACAUCUUUCAAAAUCUGGAAAUGUGUCGUGAAACUUGAAAAUGUAGAAAAAGUUGAAGCUUUCAGUUUCUUUAAAAUUCUCAUAUUUUCCUUUCCUCAAAAAUUCUCAUUCUAUUUUUUCCAGAAAAUUGAUUUCCAAGCCACUGGAACUCUUCGCCUUGCCACCAACGAAUCUCGUCUUUCCGAAUUCCGCAAAUACGUUUCUCGUGAUUAUUACAAAGAAGGCGAUGUUUGUAAAACAUCCCUUUUGACACCAGAACAAGUUCAAACUCUGGCACCAGCUGUAGAUAUCUCGAAAAUAUUGGGAGCAUUGCACACAACAAAUGAUGGAUCGAUAUCUGCGAGAGGAUUGACAGAAGCAUUUGUGGCCGGAGCCAAAACUGGAGGAGCUGAAGUUAUUGGUGGAGCUAUUCCAAUGGAAAUUCGAUAUGAUAAAGAACAAGGAAAUUGGAUUGUUUUGUUGCAAGAUGGAACACAGGUGGGUUGUUUUUGGAUAAGAAAAUGGGAGAUUUAUAAGUUUGAAGUGGUGUAAUUUUGAUUUUUGCACUAAAAUUCAGCCUAAAAUUUUUUAAUGUGAAAAUUCUGUGUGAAUUUUGGCCUGUGUCUGAGAAAAUCGACGUGGAAAUUUUCCAAAAUCAAAAAACAAAAAAAAAAACAAGAUUUUCUGGGUUAUAAAAAAUCUUACUGUUUCAAAACAUACCACGCCCAGCUUCGUGCAAAUUAACUUCGAAACUUGGCGGUGUGGGUUUUGAAACCUUUUCGACUUUUUAACGGAAAAACAAUAAAAAAUUUGCUGUUUUUCAAGAAAAUCUCAAAUUGGCGAGGUAAAUUUCCGUAAAUUUUUAUUGGCGCCGUGCAUAUGCCUCAUCCUGGGCGUGGUAUGUUUCAAAAUUUUAAUGAAUUUUUUGAAGGCUUUUUGAGUUUUGAUCUUCAGAUGAGUUGACCAAAAUUAUAUUAAACUACUUUCAGACAUGGAAAAACUUAAAAUUGAAUUUAUUUUCAAAGAAUAUUUUAUAUUUUGUCUAGAAUAUGUUCACUGUUUCAAAAUGUUGAUUAAUUUUGGAAUAGAACAAUAAAAAUUAUUUUUUCAAAUCUUGAGAAUUAAAAAAAUUAUUCUACAUUCCAACUACUUUCUGUGAUUUUUCGGUGAAUCGAACAUUUGAAAAUAUCAUUAGGUUCUUGAAAAUGCUGAGUUUGGUCCAAAAUUCCCGUCUUGACAACAAACAACGAAAAAUCCAAUAAAAAUGUGCAAUUAUUUCCAGGUCACAACUCGAAAUUUGAUCAAUGCUGGUGGUAUUUGGGCAAAUGAUAUUGCUCGAUUAUCUGGACACGAUUUGCCGAUUGUUGUUGUUGAACAUCAAUACGCGGUUUUGACGGUGAGCAUUUCAUUUUUUCACAACUAGAAACAACUGUGUGAUCAAAAAUGGUAAAAUCCAGAAAUUUCUCAAUUUUUCUUGAAACAGUGAAUUUUUCAUGUUCAUUUUUGAGAUGAAAAAAUUUCAAAAAUCAAUUUUAUGAUUCUGGAAAUCCAAUAAAAUCGUGGAAUUUUUUUGAAAUUGUAAUUAUUACAAAUGAAAAAGAAUUUCAGUUUGAAAAUCUUGCUGAAAAAUAUGGAAUACGCUUGAACUGAAAAUUAUCUGGGAAUCAUGAUAUCCUUAAUACCUUUAGAAUCUUCAUUUAAAAAAUUCACAAAUUGCAGCCAAAAUCGGCUCCAGUCCAAACUCCAUCCAUCAUCGAUCACGAUGCGCCAUUCUACCUUCGAAAAUCCGGCGAAAAUUAUUUAUUUGGCGGUUUCGAAAGUCUCGAAAAAACAGUGAUUCGCGAAGAUUGGUAUAAAAAAGGAGUGCCGACCGAAGGAUCUCGAUCAAUUCAACACGAUUUUGCGAGAAUUGAGGAUUCGUAUAAGAGAGCUUGUGAACUUGUACCAGAUUUGCAAGGAGCACAAGUUGAUGCGAGAGCUGCUGUUUUAUGCAUGACACCCGAUGGAUAUCCAUUGGUAAGAGAGGUUUUGGAUUUUGAGCUCGAAAUGUGAAAUAUUUGCCUGAAAAUCACGAAUUUCUUUGAAAUUAGUAUAAUUUUGGUCUAAAACUUGGAAAUUUUAUCUGAAAAUUAAGCUGGGAAUGAUAGCUGAAAAUUGUCGAGUGUCCAGCUGUAAAUCUGGAUUUUUGGCUAUAAAUGAUUAUUUUUGAGCUCGAAAAUCGUGUCUGAGAAAAAUUUCUACUGUUUCAAAAUGUUCUUAUAAAUUUUUGAAAUUUUUAUUUUUGGUUUUCCUCUCAUUUUACAUAAAUAAUAAUUUUAAUUUAAAAACUCCGGAAUAAUUCUACCUGAGAAUGAAGUUCUCUCAUUUUUCACUGUUUCAAUAACAUUCCAUAUAAUUUUCAAAAAAAAAAUAGUAAUUAAAUAACUGACCAAACAUGUCGAGAAACGUGAAUUUUUCAUAAAAAGCUAAUUUUUCACUAAAAAAAUUGCAGGUCGGACCAUAUGAGAAGAAUUAUUGGAUGUCGACCGGAUUUUUGGAUGGUGUUAGCAGUGGAGGUGGAAUUGGAAAAUAUUUAGCCGAUUGGAUUGUUGAUGGUGAACCACCAGCUGAAUUGUUUGAUACAGAUGCGAGUAGAUAUGAGAGAUGGGGUGAUAGAAAGUUAGUUGGGGGAUAAUUGGUUAGAGAACGGAUUUUUAGGAUCAGACAGAAAUUUAGUUCUGAAAAUCCAGAAAUUCACAAUAGGUUCACAGGAAAAUUCCACAUUUUUGUUGAAAAAUUCAAAGAUUAUAGAAACUUUGAGAUUUUCAUGAAUAAUUUUUCACUGUUUCAAAAAAAUUUCAUAUUUUUUAUCUGUGUAUACAUAACCAUUUAUUUUUCAGGUCAGGAACAAAUAAUUUUCAAUUAAAAUUAGUUCAAAAGUGAUCUUGUUAUUAAAACAUUGUGAAAAUUAUCUGAAAUCCCUGGUUUUUUUUGAAUCUCUGUACAAUUUUUACUCGGAAUAUGGAAUAUUGUCCUAUUUUUGUUCGAAACAGUGAAAAUUUCUAGAUUUUCAAUUUUAUCUUUUAUAUUAAGAAGGUAGAACUUUUGUUUUUUCCUCGGAAGAAUAUAUAAUGGAAAAUAUAUGAAUUUUAUUUGAAACAGUGAAUUUCUAAUCAAAUAAUGAGCAAAAUAGCGAACUCAACAUAUGCUAUAAUAUAUUUUUGAAACAGUAGAAUUUUUGGAACCAAAAAAUUAUAGAAAAUUGAUGACCUGGAAAUUUUAAAGUCUAGAAAACCCUUCCGAAAUUCUUAGCCCUUUCAAAUUUGAAAAAUAAUUUCAGAUUCUUCACCGAACGCUCCCGCGAAACAUAUUCAAUGUAUUAUAAUUGGUCAGAAAGUGGUCGAACAGCCGGAAGACCAACCGAUCGAAUUAGUGGAAUUUAUGGAAGAUUGCGUAAUGACGGAGCAUCGUUCACAUUUAGAAAUGGAUGGGAAGUGGCAAACACUUUCAGUUUGCAAGGACAAGAUCCUGGAUAUUUGCCGACGUUGGUUAGGUCAGUUUUAGGAGCGGGAUAUCUGGUGUUUUUGAUAGUCCUGGAGUAAAAUGGAAUUUUGCGAUUGAAAAUAAUUUUUAAUCGAUGUGGAAUGACCAAAAUUGAGGCUCACUAACUGAAUAAUAUCUGAAUUUUUAAGACCAAUUUUUGAAACGUAUUUUUUCCGUUAUUUUUUAUUAUUAAAGAGGAAAAGGUUAUUAGGAAUGAAAGAAGGAGGUGAUUGAAAUUAUGUAAUUGUACAAAAAUUUAUAAGCGUUCGUUGAAACAGUGAAAAAAUUUGAAAUAAAAAAUUGUAUAAAAAAAAGAAAUAAAAAAUUGAAUGAGAGUUCUUUAUAAACUCUAAUAAAAUUAAAGAUUUUUGUCAGAUUUUCAUGAAACAAGUAUGAAUACUCAAAUUAUCAAAACAUGAAAAACCUGAAUUUUUAAGACUAAAUUUUGAAACGUAUUUUUUGUAGGUUUGUUUCCAAAAAAAUAGGACUAUUUUUUAUUAUAUAAGACUAUAGAAUUUUGCAUUUAGAGACUCAAUAAUUGAAUCUCAAGUAUUUAUCAAAAUUAUUGACAUUGAGAUUUUUUUGAAACAGUAAAAAAUUUAUUUUCGAAUAUUUCAGAAUAGGGAGGGUUUUUUAAUUUCAAUUUGUUUGAAAAUACGGAAGCUAACAAGAGAAAAUGGCGAAAGUUUAUGAAAUUAAUUAAAAUGAAGAAAUUGUAUUUUUAAAUACAAUUUAAAAAUUCACGAUGUUUCUCUUUCAUCACCUCAAAAACCUUCGAUAUUUUUCCAGAGAAUACGAAAUGGUCACCAAUAAAUGUGGUUUGAUCGAUCUUUCUUGGAAAGGAAAAAUCGAAGUGAAAGGAAAAGACGCGGAAGCAUUGAUGGAAUACGCGAUUGCCAGUCCAAUUCCACCGCUCGGAAAAAUCAAUUCAGGAGUUAUGCUAACUCGAAAUGGUGGAAUAUUGGGACCACUUAUGAUUUUCCAUCAUGAUCGACAACGAUCUGCUUUCAUUUGCUUGACUGAACCAGAAAGAGAAACCAGGGAUUUGUAUUGGUAAGUGAUAGAGAGGGUUUUGAGGGCUGUGGAAAGAUUUUUGGUGGACAAUUGAGAAAAUUUCAGCACUUAACCUGAAAUACUUGGGAAAAAUUCACAAUUUAAAGUAAUUAUCAUAAAGUGUAGUUUUAAAAAAUUAUAUAAUAUUUGACUAUUCAUUUUAUCACUUUUCUCACGAUGUACUUUUCUGCUCAUCGUAAAUGAAUAAAUAACUAAAUAAAUAAAUAUUUUUUGAAACAGUGAAAAAAAUCGGGAAAAUAUUUUCACUGUUUCAAAUUUUUUGCUUAAUGAUAAAACUUGGAUUUAUGUUCAGGCAAGUUUAAAAUUUCAAAAAAAAAUCAAUUCUCAAUCAAAUUUCAAAUUUUAAAUUAGUAAUUCUGAAAUUUUUUCACUGUUUCAAAUUUUUUAGAAGAAAUGUUGAGUAGAUUUUUACCAGGCUUCGAAAUCAUUUUUAUUUUCGAUAUUUUGCAGAUGUUUUUUUUUCGAAAACUCAAAAUCUCAAAAUAUCUCAUAUUCUUCUAGGCUCCGCCGCGCUGCCUCCGAAAAAAAAUUCGAUGUUCAAAUCUCAAUCGUCACCGAAUAUCUCGCCUCAUUGGCUCUCGUCGGACCAAAAUCUCGCGAAGUUCUAUCAAUGCUCACAAAAUCCGAUGUUUCCGACGAAGGUUUUCCACAAAAAUCGACGCGAAUGAUUCGACUGGGACCUGUUGGAGUGGUUUGUGCGAGAAGUUCGACAUCGACUGGACAAUUGUCCUAUGAAUUGUUCCAUUCAAGAGCUGAAACUGCAAAAUUGUAUAAUGUGAGUUUUUUGGGGAGGUUUUGUAGAAAAAAUAUUGUUUGAAAAGUUAUUUUUGGAUCAGAAAUACACUGAAAACUGGAAAAAUUGGAAAAACAUAUGUUUCAAAAAUUUACUGUUUCAAAAUUUGAGUAUAUUUUCGAAAUUUAAAAAAAAUCUGAUUUUCGUCACUUCCAGAAUUUUUUACAAUUUUUUUGUUCUCAUAAAAAGUUACUGUUUCAAAUUUUAUUUGAAUUCUUUAAUUUUUGAACUUUUAUUGUAAAAAAAAUAAUGGAAAAAAUCACUGUUUCAAAAUUUCAAUGAAUUUUUUUCGAAAACUUCAGAAUUAUUAAAUUUGGUAGAAAAAUGUUGAAAAUUUCUGAUUUUUUAUCACAUUUUGUUUAAUUUUCUGAAAAAUAGAUUUUUUUUUCAACAAAGUUCAGCCAGAAUCCCUCAGUUCUCUUCAAAUCUUUCAAAAAAUCCAAAUUUGUUUGCAGGCUAUAAUGUCAGCCGGCGCAUCACAUGGUUUGGUCAAUUUUGGCCAAGCCACAUUAAAUAUGAUGAGAUUGGAACACGGCUAUCGAAUUUGGGGACGAGAACUCACAUUAGACACAAAUCCAUUUGAAUGUGGACUUGGAAAAUUGGUUGAUUUCAGCAAGAAAGAAUUUAUUGGAAGAGCAAGUGCACUUGAAUUGAGCAAACAGGAAUUUGGGUGAGGGAAAUUUAAAAAUCACAUUGACUCUCAUUUUUCGGCGUUAAAAAUUAGAAAAAAAAACGUUUAUUUACUGUUUCAAAUUUUCUAUGAAAAAAAUUAAGAAAUUCUGAUUCUGAUUCAUUUAUCAAUUUGUUAUUGUCCGUUUGGAAAUAAGAUUCACCCCGCGAAAAAAUAAAUUUGAAUUUGGGAAAAUCUCUAAUUUCUCCCUACCCCCGCGAUGCGUGUGCGUUGCGGUCGCUUUCCCAUACAAAACCCCCGUUGGCUGUUUGCCAGUGCACUCUCUCGCUGUCUGCGUCUCCUUCACCAAAUUCAAAUUUAUUUUUUCGCGGGGUGAAUCUCAUUUCCAAGCGGGCAAUAAUUUAGAAAAAAAUGUGUUUGUUAAGAAAUUUAAAAAAAUUGAAUAAAUUUCUACAAGAGCCAACUUUUUGAGCCUAAAUGUCCAAUUAAUGAAUUUUUGAUCAAUGACAUUCAUUUUCGAAAAACAAAUAAAAUAAUUUAUUUUUGAAUUCUGUUCAAAAAAUUCAUAUUUUUUUAUUUUUCUUAUUAAAAUUCACUUUUUCAGUCGCCGCCUGGCUUUAAUCACAUUGGACGGUGAAAAUGGUGAAACUUUCGAUGAGCGAUAUAUUCCAGCUGGACAUGAAGUUAUUCGAAGAGAUGGAGCUGAAAAUGUGAGUUUUUGAGAUGAAAAUGGGAAGUUUGAGCCAAUAUUCAUCAUUUUUAUAAAUUUUGUUGUCGGAAUCAUGAAAAAUCCAUAAUUUGCAGAGAGUUGGUCAAAUCACAUCGGGUGCUUUCAAUGUUCGACUUCAAAAACCAAUUGCAUUCGCCUGGUUGGAUCAAAGUGUUGGAUUAGAUGAAAAAGUGAGCAUUUUUGGGGAAGAAGGGUGAAAAUCUGAAAUUAACCAACUUUUUUUCACAUUUUCAGACAAAUAAUCUGAAAAUCCCUAAUUUUUUCCAUUUUCAGCUUGUCGUUGAUGUUGGAGAUCGUCGUUUAAUUGCAUCCAGUUUGAACACUGCCACAAUUCCACCAAUUCAAUAA